GCAUUCACGCAGCCGCAUACAUUUAGGGGAACUUUAAAAUUUCUUCUUGUGGUUCCAGAUCCAACAUCCCGUGGAGUUUCCGUUAGAAUGUUCAGUUGGUGAAAAGGUACGACUUGAGAAACUGCAACAUAAGGUCGGGCGAUUUGUAUGCAAGUGGCAAAACGCGAGAAGUGAGGUAAAAAGGAGACUGACCCCAAAAAGUAAAUGGCCUAAUAUGUGAUCAGAGUCCAGAGACUUCGUGCAGGUUUCACCAGUCUUGUUUAGUGAUGCAUAUUGAAGAGGAUUCUUCCAGGGUGAAAAUGUUUCCCUGUCUUUAAGGAGACCAAGGCACACAGAUCGAUUUGUGAUAGGAAGCACUGAAAUCUGGCAGGUGUCAUCGUCAUCAUCUACAUCACUAUUUGUCAUGGUUAAAGAGGAGUUUUUUGAGCCAGGAUUAAUGGCCAUCAAAGAAGAGGUUAGUGACCCCAGAUAUGGAAUCGAUAGAGUCAUUAAGGAGGAGAUUUAUGACCCUGCGUAUGAAAUCAUCACAGCAGGAUGUGAAGCAGAGAACAUUUCAUUUAAAGCGGCUCUUAAGCUCAAGGACUGUCCCGAUCUGAAGCACACAGUACAUUUGGGAAAUGUAAUGGUCAAGAAGGAAUUGAUUGAGGAGCUGGAGGACAACUACAACUGCAGAGGACCAAAAGAGGAUGCAGCGUCAACUUCGAUCAACAAGUCUUUAAUAAACAGGAUGUUCUGGAAAUAUGACAGGGAGGAUAUGCAAACAAUCCAAAUUGCAUCGUCUGACUUUCCCAGUCUUCCUCUUGUGAAGAUGUACAUCAAUUCAGAAGGUCUAACCCAAGGAAAGUCAAAGAACAGCUCAAGUAAAUCAACCAGAGAUGCAGAGGAGAUUGUUGAACCAACAGCCAUAAUGAUGCUGGAAACAAUCCCCAACAAUACAUCACUUUGUGUAUGCACUCACUGUGGAAAAAAGUUCACAACUAAACUAAAACUUGAACAACAUCAGAAGAAUCACAGCAGACAGAAGCUUUAUAAGUGUACCUGCUGUGGAAGGAAGUUCACAUCCAAGUUCUCUCUUCAAAAACACGAGUGGCUUCACGCCAGAGAAAAAACUUACAGCUGUACCAAAUGUACAAUGACAUUCGCGAAGAAAGACAAACUUGAGCAACACUUGCAGAAGCACAUUGCACUUAACUUUUGUUGUCCCGAUUGUGGCGUAAAGUUUAUAGAUAAAGUUAGUCUUGAGUACCACCAGAAAGGUCACAUAAAGACAUCUCACCGCUGUACAGAAUGCGGUAAAGGAUUUACAAAUAAGUACUCCCUUAAACGACACAGUAUGGUUCACACUGGUGAGAGACCUCAUAUUUGCGGUGAAUGUGGGAAGAACUUUGUCAGGAGACAACAUUUACAGAUCCAUCAGAGAAUUCAUACCGGUGAAAAGCCAUAUUGUUGCAGUAAAUGUGGAAUGAAGUUUGCGUGGAAACAUCAGUUUCAGAAUCACAACAUUUUUCAUACUGGAGUGAAGCCACACUGUUGUAAGAUAUGUGGAAAGAGAUUUCGUGAGCAAUAUCAUCUCCAACGCCACUAUCAAAAUCACAUGGGGAAGAAGCGGUUUGAGUGCACUGAAUGUGGACAGAGGUUCACCUUAAAGACCAGUCUUCAAAGUCAUGAAAAAAUUCACUCUGGAGAGAAGCCCUAUUGCUGUUCAGAGUGUGGGAAAAGUUUCAUACAGAAGAACAGCCUUAGGCGACAUCAGAUGAUUCACACAGAAGACAAGCCCUACUGCUGUGCGGAGUGUGGGAAGCGGUUUAUACGCAACAGUCAGCUUGAGGGGCAUCAGAAACAGCACACCGGUGUGAUUUUAGUUAAAAUGAGACAUGGCAGCAAGCCUUGAGUGGCAGGCUAAAAAUCCAAUAUGCUUUCAUAAAUUGGAUGGUCACGUAAUUGAACCUAAGAUAACUCAUUUGGACCGUUGUGUCAACAAAGUAAAAUUUACUUAAAUACUUUACUAAUAUGGCUGUUCAGCGUAUUUGGUUAUUACUUUUCAAUUCGUUCAAAACAAGGCAAUAUAAAAGAUAUGGAUGUGGCCAAAAGUGCCCUUUCACAAUUUGAAAAAGAAUCAGUUUUUCAGUGCAAUAAAUUGAAACUGGUGGAAUUAGUUUGCAUUCACCAUUCUAUAAUCCAUAAAUCAGACACUUAUCUUUUGAUUUAGGACUUAACAUAUUGUUUUUAAAAAAUAAAUAUGAUUGGGACAACUAGACUUGUACUUUUUAGCACGCCAAUAACUGCAAUCCAGCAUUUUCUAUAGCUCUGAAUGAGACUUCCCUUGCAAAAUAAAGCAAAGGACAUGGACAAAAUUAUUGGGGCCCUUUAGAAGACCUCAUUGAAUAGUUGUGAUCAUCUCAAGCAGAACAGUCACUCUUAUUAGCAUCAAAGGAGACUUCAGUCUUAUGAUCAGUCACUCAGCUUAUUUAAAGGUUUCCAGAAAACACUGGACUUGUAACUCUCCUUCAGGACUUGACCAUCUUCUCAGAGGCCAACUGGAGGAAGCAAAUAAAAUGAAACUUUAAAGUACCAGGAGCAAACGGAACAAUGUCAAAGGGCAGGCUCUCAAACCCCCCUGUGAGCCCAUUAGGGUGGGCUGACUGGGAUUUGUAGGUCACUCACUGUAUAAAGCCCAAAUGCUCUUGGGCCUCACAGAGGUGAAAAGGAAGGUCAUCCAACUAUUUUUUUGAAGCUGCAGAAAGCCACUGUGGCUCUGAAUUAAGAGGGCAGAUCCAUGGUCAUUUGCUGCUUGGAGGCAAUUCAGGAUUUGAUCAACCUUGGCUGGGUCAUCUGGGCUAUGAAAGACUCUAAACACCAGAUGACCUCAGGUCCCAUCACUGAAGAUGCACCCCAGAGCAUCCAUAAGAUGUAUUUCACAACAAUGGAAUAAAGUCCUCACUCGACUGUGUUGCGUUAUUUUGUGAUCAUCACAUUGAACAUGGACAAGUGAAUUUGGGUUUGUACUGAUAGUUUGAAUACUGGAGAAAGGACCAAAGACACAUCAAGACAAGAGUAAGAAUGACAUCCAGGAUCAAGCAUAUAAUAUUUUCAUGUCCCAUCAUCCAUUGCUGUCUGGAUAAAAGGGUUCCAUAGUAGAAGACCAAACUUCUGACAGAAAAAGCCAGACAGAAGUUUGUAAAAAUGCAUGUGGACAAACCAUAGAAUUUGUGAGACAGAUGAAACUAAAUAAGUGUUUUUGAAAGAUGCAACAUCUCUAUAUUCACAGAAGACAACCUGAAGCUUACAAAGAAAAAACAAAGCAUGAAACAUGGAGGAUGCUUAUUAAUGUUGUGGGGUUGCUGUGCUGCUCUGGCACCAGAUGCCUUGAAUCUCUGCAGGGCAGAAUGAAAGAUUAUCAAAGCAUUCUGGAGUAAACAUUCUGCCUAGUGUCAAGAAAGCUACAUCUUAGUCACAGGUCCUCCAAAAUAUUCAUCCAAGACCAAUUAAGAAGGAGCAGAAGAAAAUACUGGAAGUGGUCUGCUAUGAGUUCUGAUCUGAAUCCUAUCUGACAUGAACUGAAAGAGCUGAAUCUCACAGUUAGGAGAAGGCAGCCAUCAAACCUGACAGAACUGGAACAGCUUGUUUAAGGAGAGUGAGACACAUACAAGUCUCAUUCUGAGCUGACAAAAGCACUUGAUUGCAGUUGUUGCCUCCAAAGUGUGUGCUAAAAAUAUUAGGGAUAGAAGUCACAAUAUUUAUCAGUGUCAUUUUCAUUUUUUUCAUUUGUUUUUUUAAAUAAAAUAAGUCUUAAAUCCAAAGCAAAGGAUCUGCUGAAUGAAAUAAAGAAUGGUGGAUACCAAAUAUCUUUGGCACUUUCAGCUUAUUUCAUGGGAAAUGGUGAUUCUUUUUUAAAUAGUGGAAGGGUACUAAUACUUUUGGCUGCAUAUGUAACUCGAACUAAGAAAUACAAUCUUAUAUAACCCAAGUUGUUAAGUGGCUACACUGGUUUCCAGCAAAGUUUAGAGACAGUUUUAAAAUCUUCCAUUUCAUAUAUACAGUUACACAACAUAUUAAUGCCUGUAUUCCAGUUUUCAUAAAACUCCCAGGGUAAAUACAAAUACAGUAGGAGAUGAGCCUUGGAUGAUGGGGCUUGUACAUACUUGAAUUGAGCUCUCAACACUAAUAUUACAGAUGCCUCAUCGGUCUUGGCAUUUUAAAUUUGAACAUUUCAUUUUUAUAUUAAUGUUUCUUAAAAUGUGGGUCUGAGUCGGGUCUGCCGACCCUCUGGGACGACGACUGACAGCAAUUCCAAAUGGGGGAUGGAUAUCCUGCAUGAUACUUUGUGGCGAUUGUGUGUCACAACACAAGAAAGGCAAAACUGGGACACUGAUUUAUAUAUUUUUAGAACUGCUUCUGGGCUAUCCAUGCUGCCGUUUUAAAUAAGGGGUGCAUCUUUAGGAUUGCUGCUUUGUUUUUGUUAGUUUUGUUUUAGUGUCCACUGGUGACCAACAAACCUUAUGAAUGUAAGAAUGUCCUGGGGGCUGAAUGACCAGCUGACCAAGAUGAAAUUUUUGUUCUCUCUUUUACUUAGAUUAAUACUUAACUAUUUAAUUAUUAAAGAUGUGUGUGUAUUUUUAUACACA